AGUACAAAACAAGGGUCUUGUAACCCUAACCCUAAUAAAGCAUGUCUACUGCUAUGAAUUUCAGCACAAAAAGCUUCAAACCUCGAGCGCCUGAUAAAGGAUCGUUUCCUUUAGAUCAUUUUGGUGAAUGUAAAGCGUUUAUGGAGAAGUUCAUGAAGUGCCUGAACGAAAACAACUUUGACAACUCCUUGUGCAGACAACAGUCCAAAGAGUACCUGGAGUGCAGGAUGGAGCAUCAGCUGAUGACCAAGGAGCCUCUAGAGAAACUUGGAUUUAAAGACCUCAUGGAUCCUCCUUCUAACCCAACAGAAAACAAUACCAAGUCCUAGCUGCAUCAUAUUGUAAUUCUAAGACAUCAUUCAAUAUAAGAACUUAAAAAAUUGCAA